AUACAAACCUCCCGCUGAAAACCCUAGUGCUAACAACAAUUUUAAGCUUUUUAAGAGUUUUGAACAGAGCUAAGAGAAUAUACGUCACCUAAAAUGUCCUCAAGUAAACCCUACAAAGUGCUGAUCGCUCAUACUGACGUGCCUCCCGAGGGCCUUGAAAUCCUUAAGGAUAAGUGCGAGAUCAUUCAAGUGUUGAACGAACCACCCAAUAAUCGGAUCGAGAUUUUAGAGAAAAUCCAGGGGGUUCAUGCAGCUAUUUGGGGCGGUCGAGAUAUCCUUAAUGCCGAGAUUUUGGAUGCUGCUGGUCCGCAGUUCAAAGCGGUAUCUACGAUGUCCUCGGGGAUCAACAAUGUGGAUGUCCCGGAGCUAAAGAAGAGGGGUAUUCCACUGGGCAGUACUCCUGCGAUGCUAACUGUUGCGGUGGCCGAUUUGGCCGUAGGAUUACUAAUUGCUGCUGCUCGUAGAUUUCAGGAAGGCCGAAGGAAGAUUGACAGUGACAACUGGGAUAAGGACCAUUUGGACUGGCUGCUGGGUCAGGACAUUCGUGACUCCACCGUGGGAUUCUACGGUUUUGGAGGCAUUGGACAGGCAGUGGCCAAGCGAUUGUCCGGAUUCGAUAUCGAUCGUGUGCUCUACACCACACGAAAUCGCGUAAGUGAGGAUAUCGAGGAGCAGUUCAAUGCCAGGAAAGUGGAUUUCGAUACUCUCCUGACGGAAAGUGAUUUCCUUGUCAUCGCAUCCCCAUUGACCAAGGAAACCCAGGGUUUAUUUAAUGCCACCGCAUUUAAUAAAAUGAAGAAAACAGCUGUGCUGGUCAACGUUGGAAGGGGCAAAAUAGUCAACCAGGACGAUCUUUACGAUGCCUUAAAAUCAAACCGAAUCUUUGCAGCUGGCUUAGAUGUUAUGGAUCCUGAGCCUCUACCUUCUAAAGACAAGUUACUGGCUCUAGACAAUGUUGUGGUCACUCCCCAUGUGGGCUAUGCCACCAGGAGAACCCGCAUCGAUGCUGCCACUCUGGCCUCCCACAAUGUCCUUCGAGGAUUGGCUGGAGAACCCAUGCUAUCACCCGCUUAUUAAAAGGAUCAGAAACUGUACCCAAUAUUAUCCAAAAAGUUCCUGUAACAUUUUCGAAAUUCGAAAUGAUCUUUUUGUUUUAAACAACAGAUAAACAAAAUAUUUAAAAUGAAUAUUUAAAAUCACUUUA